UCAGCCAAGACGCAUAACAAACGAACACCAGUUUACUACCAUAAAUCACCUGAUUACACCCCCUCUCCUCAACAUAUCCAUCAUAAUGGCCCCCAGCUCCCACAGACGGUUCUCACUCAACCUCUCUCCCGCCUCCAGGGCGACGAAACGGGUGAUGGCACAACGCAGCGACAAUCGUCGCUCCUUCGAUUCCCAGGCUAGCUCGUCCACCCUUGGCGCUAUGCCCGUCGUCCAAGUCGAAAGCUACUUGACGGCUCCCGCUGCACGCUGGUCGACCGCAAAUCGAAUCUGAGUCUCUUUUCAAUGUAUGUGAACUGUGGGUCACAAAUAGUUCUGUACUUCUAGUCUUCUUGUGUUCUGGAGGGCAUGAUCCGUUUCACUACGAAGUUCUCGUUCGGAAUUGGCAAUGCCCUGGUGAAUAAUACCCCGAUCGGAAAGCGUGCCCGGAGAACACCAUAUACCAUCUUUAUCCAAAAACAUGUACAUGAAUCAAAAGUAAUAACGUUUGCAUUCUGGGACGCGGAUACAUUUUGCAAUAAGUCG